AUGGAGGCUUUCUACGGCACAUGGAAUCAGGUGGACUGCACUAACUUUGAUGAGUAUUUGGAGAGAAUUGGUGUAAGUCCUUCUUUAAGAAAAAAAGCCAAGACACCACUAGCAAUGGAUAUCUGCCAAGAUGGAGAAAAAGUUGGGGUGAAUAUCAAGAGCCCUCACAAGAAACAUCAGCUCCUUGUAAAACUGGAAGAGGAGUUUGACGAGAUCACCCCUGAUAAAAGAGUUGCCAGAACCACUUUCAGAAUGGAAGGAAACAAAUUGGUGCAAGUGCAGAAGUGGGAUGGAAAAGAGAUGAGAAUGGAGUAUGAAAUCAAGGAUGGAAAGAUAGUGAUGAAAAGUCACCACCUGUUCUUCGAGAGUCCUCUGUUCUUGUGGAGAUGCAUCUUCAGCAAUACCUUCUCCUGA